AUGCCGAUGAAGGAGUGGAUCUACCGGAUGCAGCCGGUUCAGCUGUAUAUCGUGUUGGCCUGGUCGUCGCUGUACUUUGCGGUGCAGCUGUUCCUCAGCCACGUCUCGCACUCGAUGGUGCUGCUAGUCGCUUCCUAUCACAUGCUCUGCAACAUCAUUGCCCUGACGGGAUGCAUAUUAACAAUCAAGAAAAGUGCCAUACCGACCGAGCGCGAUGGAUGCCGGUUGAAGCCGGACGCACGGUCAGUCUCCCAGCAGCUGACGAGGGAUAGUGACACGGCAAGUGGACAGUUUGCGGAAGUGCCCGCGUCGCGUGACUCACCGGAAGGAAGCGAUGCCGUCGCCACCAACCCGGAGGAAACGGCGCUGGAGAUCAAGGACAAGGUGAAAGUGAAGGCACGGCAGGCGCGCGAAAGUACACUGAAGAACACGUUCGGCUGGACGCGCAUCGACAUCCUCACGAUGCUGGUGGUGUGCAUCUUUAUGGCGUCGUUCUGCUUUUCGGCCGUAAUCGAGGCCCUGCAGACGCUGUCCCACAUCCACCAUCAGGACGCGAUGCACUUUCCGGUGCAAAUACUGAUACUGGGAGCGAUGGGGCUGAUAUUGAACGGGAUGUGCUACCUGCUGAUCGGUGGCUAUACGUACCAUCAGGGCAGCUUCCUGUACAUCACGUCGAGCGGUAAUGUGAUCCUGGACCACUCGAUCAGCGGCGAUGGUGUUCGGAAGGGCGACCGAAGACUGUCCGGCUCGAGAAGGCAGGUGACGCCGUCUCAGUUGCGUAGCAAAACAAAGCGCCAGAGUGUUCGCGAACUGAUGCGUGAUAUCUGCAGUACCGUCAUCGUGAUCAUUUGUUCACUUAUCGUUUACUGCACAACGGAGGAAACUGCCAAAUUCGUCGAUCCGGCGUUGUCGAUCUUGUCCUGCAUAAUCUUGCUGACGCUGAGCUAUCCUUACAUGAAAGAAUCCGGUAUGAUUCUACUCCAAACCAUCCCGGACACGAUCGACAUUGAAAUCUUCAAGAAAACGCUGCUGGACGGCUUUAAGGACAUCGUCAGUGUACACGAUCUUCACAUUUGGCAGCUAAGCGGUAACCAGUACGUCUCGACGGUACACAUCAUCUUCGAUAGUCCAAAGGUCUACCUCAAAAUACACAACGAUGUGAUCGAGUUCUUCCAUGAGCAGGGCAUCAACCAGGUGACGAUACAGCCCGAAUUCAAAGCCGCCGAGGUCAACCGAACGCUCGGCGAUGCCAGCAAGGCCGGCUGCCUCAUCCAGUGUCGAACGGUGGCGCAGUGCGCUAGUCGUCAGUGUUGCGACACCAUCUCGCAGGAAGAGUCCACCCAAGAACCGCUGCUGGAAGUGGUCGAUUUGCCACGCACGGAGGAAACGACUCACUCUGGCGAGAAGAUUGCGUUGGGCCCGAUCCCUAAACCGGCGGACGAGCCUAGCAAAACAACAAGCAUCGAUAGUACGGACACUAGCAGCACGAGUCAAAUAACGGUGAAGGAACAAACUACCGACACAACGGGUGCCACGGCGCAAAGCACUGGAAUCGAUGUGCCAGAAAGGAACGAACCAUCAACCGGCGCGCAAGAGGGCACCGGUACAACCACAGUACAAAUUAACCCAGUUAAGACUGAAAGCGAGCAGCAGCAGCGAGUUGAAAGUGAUAGCCUGAACGAAUGA